GCUGAAAUCGUUUUGCUUAUUGGAUGGUUUUUGUGGGUGGUGUUUGGUAGGGGGGAGAAGGGAUGGUGGAGGAUGUUCAAAUUUUUGCUCCUAUUUCAUGAAUGUGCAAAGGCCUUUACUUCCUUCAGUUAGAGAGGCCAAAAUGUUACUCCAUUAGCCAUCCUUCUCGAUCGGUUUUCGACCUUGUCUAUAUGGUUAUGGUAGUUUUGCUCUGAUUAAUCAUAGCAAAGCUGAAUUUCCAGUUGAGGGACGAUUAUACGAAUGUGUGAAAUUUUCCUCAUUUCUGCUGUAUCGCCAAAAGUUUAAAAAGUAGUGAAACCUUCAUUUUGUUGUUUGGAUUUCAGACUCUUUCAUGUUAAUGAUUCGAAAGUUUUAAAAUGUUCUCUCAUUUCUUCCAACUUCCAUAAAGCUCGUAAAAGUUUUCCGAAUAUGUGAUGGUGAAGUGAAGGUACGAGUGGCACUAAAAACAAAAUUAAAUUAGAUUGAGGAACAAAUAGUGUGUUAGUUUUUGGGUGGAAGUAUUUGAACAGAAAUUCAGUUUCUUGUUAUAUAUUUCAGUUGAUUUAAAAGUAACAAGUGAAGAGAUGGAGUUUUUUUGCCAAAAUAACAUUCUUGCUAAAAAAUAUUCCUGAUAUGAUUCACUUUCAAAUUUUAUUCCCAUAAUGAUAUUAUUGUUGUCAUCUAGUUAUCCUGAUUGCCAUUUUCUAAAUAUAUCAAACCUAUUGCAUAUGUUUUAAAAAAAAAUUAAUACAAAAAUUGCAAUGAAAUUGUAAGCUAUUACAAAAAUUUCAAGACUAUCAUAUUUGUUUAUACUAUCCUUCCUACUCCUCGAAAAGAUAAGAAAAUAAUUUUCAUUUGUCUUGAAAUUAUCAACUAGAGAAGAAUAUUUUUUAGAUGCUAUUAAUAUAAAUAUUAGUUUCUUAUAAUUACGUUUAACAAGAGCAAGAUGUAGAAAGAAAAAAUGCGGGAAGGCUUAGAGAGAAAAUGAAGAAGAUAUUAGAUGGAAAGAGAAAUGAAGGGUGUUUCUAUUUCCAUCUUGAUACAUAUGCAGCUUAAGUGACAAAAAAAAAAAAGAAUUAUAAAGGUAAUAAAUUUUAAAAUUAGAUUACUUUGAGGAUAUGUUUUGGAAAAAGAGUUAUUUUGGCAAUAAAUUCAAAGAGAUGCGUGUCAACCAGUAAUUAUCCUCUUUUUGGGUUGGAAAUAUGUCGUAAAAGUAGAGCGACAUCAAAUUAGACAAACUAGAAAAACUAGUGUAUGUCGCCAAAACCAAUGUAACGCUUCUCAAAACCAUUGUUUACAGAAGUACAUAUGUAGUCAUCUGGAUUUGGGGUGGGAAUGGUCAUCAGAUUGACUAUUCCCAAGCGGUCAUCUCACAAACAGAAACGAAAGCCGAGAAAUGAACCAUGUCAGAAGGCUUUCAGCAAUCCCAAAACGACGUCGUUUUAGGAAGUGAGAAGUGAAAAAAAAAUUUUAUAGACGUAUUUGGGGUAACGACAAUUUACGGAAGAUCAGCAUCUUUAGUAAGCAUCCUCCCGCCCAAAACGAAAGAUUGAAAAUGAAGAGUCGCACUUAGACUCCCUUCCAAACCAAACGAGAGCAAUUGCUGAAAUUUACAACUGCUUGCAAAAAGCUACGAGAGGAGAAAUAACAGAGAAAAAGAGGAAAUUGGCCAACACUCUCCAACGUGACAUUGCAAAAAGUUGUGAAGGUGCGCAUUAUUGAAGGAAAAUCACAACAAGGAGAAGCAAGAAGUGGUGGAGCUGUGGACAAAUUUUUGGUGAUUUGGGUUUAUUAAAAGAAAAAGAAAGGUGAACCCAAAUUUGAAGAGUGGAAGAUCGUGGGAUCCGGAGUAGUGAACGGCCGCAAAUCAGUCAGUUUACAUGGCAAGAACGCGAGCAGGAAGCACACUUCAGGAAGCAGAAAGAGAAGAACUCACCGAAACAAGUGGUGAUACAGAACACAGGGCACCACCCAAUUCAUCGAAUAGGGGCCGGAUGGGAAGGAAAAGAAGCAAUAAAAUGAAUGAUCGUUUAGGUGGAGAGGAAGAAAUGGUUACAGCGAGAAUAAGCGAGAUAACAGAACCAGUCCCACCAUUGAAUCCAUGGAUGAAAUUCAGGAAAGAGUAUCAACGCACGGUUUCGGCGAAGGGUGUUAAAUUGAUAGAGUACAAUGACAUUGUCCGGGCAGCAUAUAAUAAGUUGAGUGAGGAAGAAUUAAGGAUGCGAAAGAAGGAGUAUUUGAAAGAGAAAGAAGAGUACGAGAAAGAAAUGAAACGUCUAGGAGAGCCGAUAGUGCGAAAAGCACGGGUUCACAUCAAGAUUCAUUAUCUUGAUCGGGUGCAAAUACUAAAGCAUAAAGUGCCAAGGACUACUCCACGAGCAAAGGCAUGGACAGAUGCUCUGAUCUCUGAAAGGAUGCAUUGGAGAUUAAGAAUCUUGGAACUUAUGGAAAAGGAAAACUGGUUGAACGAGAUGAUUCGAAAGAGAAUGAAUAUGGUGCCCAGAGUACUGAACUAUCCCCCGAUUUGGUAGGGAUGCUGAUGAAUAGCGAGCAUGCCGAUAUCAGUGCUAAGCUAAAUGAGCUGUAUAACAUUGCUGUUAGUAGCCAACGAAUGAUAUUAAAGAUUGCAGAAAUGCUCGCUUCUCAUCCAAGAGCAAAAGCUUCCAUUUCUGGGCCUGAAGCACUAGACAAAGGAAAAAAACCUAUACAUGAGGACUAUACAAUGCACAAGAGUCCUGAUACCGAAGAAGAGCUAGAAUUUCAAUCUGCCGAAGAAAGGGGCAACGAUGAGGAUGAUGAUGCUAAUGAAUUUGAUGCGGAAGGGUCUGAAGAAAACGAGCAUAAUGCAGCGCAGAGUGAAAAAAACGAUACUAAUACGAGGACAAAUAUUGAACCCAUCCCAAACCCAGAGUUGAAUGAAGAUAUAAUGGGUAUGGAGAAUUCAAUUCCUACCUCAUUAGUUGUGCCCGAUAACAUCAGUCAGGGAUUGCAACAAGGGGUUACUAUGACAACAAUUGAGCAAGGAAGCAUUAUACACCUUCAAGAGUAAGAGCAGGAGCAAUAUAGGUCAAAUGUCAUAGAACCUGCCGAAGAAGGUCAAUCAACGGUGCAACCACCUUUGAACGCCAGUGCAUCGACGUCACAUCUACAUGAGCCAGAUACACCACGUAGGUUGCGGUCAUAUGGUCGAAAACGGAAAGGAGGCCCUAACAUUGAGAUAAAUCACAAGUCUACACGUGCAAUAAAGAAGAGCACCAUUCUGCGGCCGGCGGAGUACAUUCUACCAGCACCUGUGAUAGUAAGAUGUGACAGUGGUGUCUUCAUCAUAACAUUCAUAGAGCAUUGGAGUGGAAGGUUGGCUGUUCGGCUUACAAAGGAAAAUGUUGGCAAGUAUCGAGUGCUAUACACAGCUUGAUUGUGUACCUCAGCAAAGAACUCUAAGUUUCCGGACAGCUUUGCAAACCUGCAAGUACCAAAACGGGCGCAGUUGAAUGUUGGUAAUGCAUGAAUUUCAUGAAGUCAAAUAUGACUGUAGUUGGACAAAAUUGGAUCUUCUCCCAUUUAUACAUUGUUAUGUGUGUAAUGUAGCUUUUAGAUUGAUGUAGACAAUGUUUUGGGGUACAUUGAGAAGGACUAUAUUAACCCUAUAGUAGAUUAUUGAAACUUUUAAAUUAACAGUCAUCAUAUGUACAUAAGUUACAACAGAGCUUAUAUGAA